AUGUUGUAUCCGCUGUUUUUCCCGUACGGCGAGGCCGGUUGGCAUAACGGGAUGUUGCAAGCGGGCAACCGACGAAACAAUGUCCGCAAUCGCAACAGUAUCAGAGAGUUUGCGUGCUACCGUUUGGCUGUUAGAUAUCAGGGAAAUAACGACCAAAGGCAUGAACUGUUUAGUUUAUUACAUCAAGGUCGGUUCUUGUUGCAGAUGUAUGUGUGCGACCAGUAUGUUCGAAUGGAGUCGAACAAUCUGAACUACAUACGUUUGCACCAGAGGGAUCUCCUCGCCGAAGCGUAUCAAGGGCUCAUGGACCAUGUGAACCAACAGCUCCACGUCGAUCCCAUGGCGGUCGGGCGUAGGGUCAUAUUGCCGUCGACGUUCACGGGUAGCGACCGAUUCAACAAGAUGAAUUAUCAAGACGCCAUCACCAUAGUGCGUACCAAAGGGAAACCCGACCUGUUCAUAACGUUUACGUGCAAUCCCAGGUGGCCAGAGAUCACUGAAAACCUGGCUGCCCACAGCACGGCAAGCGACAGGCCGGACCUGGUGGCCAGAGUGUUCAACAGGAAGCUACAGGAGCUAAUAGGUGACAUAACUGUGAAUCGUGUGUUUGGUAAUGUCGGCGCUUACGUGUACACUAUCGAGUUUCAGAAACGUGGUCUGCCCCAUGCGCAUAUACUGAUAAUCCUGGCAGAGGACUGUAAGUUCCGCACGGCCGAGGACGUGGACGACGUGGUUUGCGCCUUCUUGCCGGACCCCGCAAUCGACAGGCGCUUACACGACUGCGUCAAGUCUCACAUGAUCCACGGGCCGUGUGGAACAGUCAAUCCACAGUGUCCGUGCAUGGUGGACAACAAAUGCUCCAAAGAUUUCCCGAAAGCGUACGCAGAGGAGACUGUGUACGUUGCGGACGGCGGAUAUCCAAAGUACCGCCGACCAGAUGACGGCCGGGUGGUACUUGUGAGAGGUCGUGAGGUUGGUAACGAGUGUGUAGUGCCAUACAACCCUUACCUUCUGGCCAAGUAUGACGCGCACAUCAACGUCGAGAUAUGCACGUCCAUAAAGAGUGUCAUGUAUAUCUACAAGUAUAUAUACAAGGGACACGACCGUGUGACGUUGGAAGUUCAGGACCAGGAUGAGAUUGCCAAUUACGUAAACUCAAGAUAUGUCAGCCCACCAGAAGGCAUCUGGCGGUUGUUUUCGUACAAAUUGCACGGCAAAAGUCACACGGUCGUCAGACUUCCUGUCCACCUGGAGGGUCGUCAGAACGUGUACUUUGCGCCGGGCCAAGCAGAAGAACGGCUACAGAACCAAGCUGUGCGUAGUACGAAACUCACGCAGUUCUUCGCGCUCAACACAACAGACGUGAAUGCUCGACAAUACUUGUACCAAGAAAUACCGACGCAUUACACCUGGCAGAUGCCACGUAAUCAAGAAAACGUACUCGUAAGAAAUGUCACCCAAUGGUUGCCGCGGCGGAUUCGGAUGGCAAACGUUACGUUGGCUCGGAUGUACAUAGUAAACCCACUGGACCGGGACCGUUUCCACCUGAGAUUGCUACUUCUGAACCGAAGAGGCCCGAAGUCCUUUCAAGACAUAAGGACGGUGGACGGGGUCGUUCACGAAACAUUCACGGCGGCUGCCGUUGCACUCGGAUUAUUGGAAGACGACCGAGCGUGGCGGGAUUGCUUGACGGAAUCGGCGACGUUGGACACACCGCGGCAGCUGCGGUAUCUGUUCGUCACUAUACUGGUGUUCUGCGAGCCCUCAAACCCGCUGGCGUUGUACGAGGCGAACGAUGCAAACAUGAUGGAGGACUUCAACCGCCGUCUCCAAGACGUCGACCGCGCGAGGGCCGCGUGUCUGGCGGCCAUCGAGGAUCUACUUCGUGUACACCGGAAAUCGCCGGGCGACUACGGUCUGCCCCUCGCCGACCCCCGUCUACUGGAACCGCUGCAGGACGACGCGCUGUUACGGGCAAUAGACGCGGCGGCACGGUGGGCCCCACAAGUAGACGCCUUGAACGCCGAACAGCGAACGGUGUACGACCGCGUGAUGGCGGCCGUCGACGACCAACGCGAGGUGGCGAAAACUUUCUUCGUCGACGGACCCGGGGGUACCGGAAAAACGACGCUGUACGGAUGCCUGAUAUGGGCGCUUCAGCACCGACCUCCGCAGCGGGAGGUGUUGUGCGUGGCGUUCACCGGUAUCGCCGCGUCGCUCAUGGACGGCGGCAUGACCGUACACUCGACGUUCGGACUGCCUUUCGGCACGCUGACCGAAGACUCGACGUCCAGCCCCCAAUGUCGCUGGGACUGCAACUGA